AGCCCGGGAGGAACCCCGUCAGCCGAGCGGGCAGAAAUCUUCGGGAGCAGCAUCAUGGAAGAGAAACAGAUUCUGUGCGUGGGGCUAGUGGUGCUGGACAUCAUCAGUGUGAUGGACAAAUACCCGGAGGAGGACACGGACAGCAGGUGCUUGUCCCAGAGAUGGCAGCGUGGAGGCAACGCAUCCAACUCCUGCACUGUCCUCUCCCUGCUUGGAGCCCCCUGUGCCUUCAUGGGCUCGCUGGCCCCGGGCCACGCUGCCGAUUUUGUCCUGGACGACCUUCGCCGCUAUUCCGUGGACCUACGCUACACGGUCUUUCAGACCACGGGCUCCGUCCCCAUUUCCACAGUCAUCAGCAGCGAGGCCAGUGGUAGCCGCACCAUCAUACAUGCCUACAGCUUCCUGGUGGCUGACUUCAGGCAGCGGGGCGUGGACGUGUCUCAGGUGGCCUGGCAGAGUAGUGGGGAAGCCCCAUGCUCUUGCUGCAUCGUCAACAGCUCCAAUGGCUCCCGUACCAUUGUGCUCUACGACACGAACCUACCAGAUGUGUCUGCUAAAGACUUUGAGAAGGUUGACCUGACCCGGUUCAAGUGGAUCCACAUUGAGGGCCGGAAUGCAUCGGAGCAGGUGAAGAUGCUGCAGCGGAUAGAACAGCACAACGCCAGGCAGCCUCCGGAGCAGAAGAUCCAGGUGUCUGUGGAGGUGGAGAAGCCGCGAGAGGAGCUGUACCAGCUGUUUGGCUACGGAGACGUGGUGUUUGUCAGCAAAGAUGUGGCCAAGCACUUUGGGUUCCAGUCAGCGGAGGAGGCCCUGAGGGGCCUGUACAGUCGCGUGAGGAAGGGGGCUACGCUGGUCUGUGCCUGGGCUGAGGAGGGUGCCGAUGCCCUGGGCCCUGAUGGACGGCUGCUCCACUCCGACGCUUUCCCACCGCCCCAGGUGGUGGACACUCUGGGGGCCGGAGACACCUUCAACGCGUCCGUCAUCUUCAGCCUGUCCCAGGGGAAGAGCAUGCAGGAGGCACUGAGCUUUGGCUGCCAGGUGGCGGGCAAGAAGUGUGGUCUGCAGGGCUUCGAUGGCAUCGUGUGAGUGCCCUGUGGUAGGAAGCACCGGCUCACAUCCCCACCCCAGGCCAGCAUCACUGGCUGCCGUCGCCCUCUCUUCUCUGGCCAGCUGGCAUCAGGCUGCCUUGCCCCCCGGGCGGAUGCAGGCUGUGGGAGGGCUCCACUUGUGACCUGGCAUCUCACAUGGCAGAGCUGCAGAGCAAAUAAAUCUUCCCCAGAGCCAGCUUC